CGGCAACAUCGCGUUUUUUUGGCCGAUAUCUCUAAUUCGUCUAAAUUCCUUCUAACCUUUACAUAGUAAAUCCUCCAAAUUCAACUUCUUAUUCACAACUUUGAACCAUACUUACUACCGUCAAACUAAAGAGCAUGCACUUCUAAUGACCGUUUUUUCCUACCAAUUUUAUAAAAAUGGCAUCUCCGCAGCUAGCAAUAGCUAGAGUUUCCUUCUCCGCCGUCCUCCUUCGUCCAGAUCCAACGUCAUGUCCGCGCGGCGAGAUCGACGAGUUUCUUCAACUGCUCGACGCGACCAUCUCGCGAUGCUCCUCGCCCAAUGUUCAGAAAACCAAGCAGUGGAUAUUAAAGAAUCUGGUCCAGUCUCCUGCUAGGGUUGUCGCCUUGGGCAAAUACCUGACAGCAUUGUCCAAAUCCUUUUCCCUGGAUGUCGCUGCUAGUAGACAAGCCCGCGAACCCUCCGCGAAACGGAAGCGUCUUCACAUCCUUUAUGUCCUGAGUGAUGUGCUCUACCAUGUUAACGUCCGCAUCGGGGACUCGAGCUUCGCACAGAAGCUGGAACCAUAUCUCCCAGACCUUGUCCGAGCCGCCGCAGCUUUUCCCAACUCUCCGAAGCAAUCCAAGAAAGUACUAGGUCUCGUAGACUUCUGGAGCGAAAAUGGAUUCUUUCCGCAAGCGUUCACUCAAAAACUUACGACUAUCAUCCACGAAGCGCCUAAUUCCAUUCCCAAGUCCGAUGCGCCAAUCGACGCCGCUACAGCUACAGCAUCUAAAUCUGCAAAAGAUGCUCCAUUUAUCAUGCCAGCCAUGCAUGGCGAUGUAGCCGUGUCAUGGUAUGACCUACCUGCCGCAAAUUGGCUACCCGUCAUCGAGCCCAACUCAACAAGGCCGAUGAACCCCGACAUGAUUAAGCCUCUACGAUUUGUUGCGGGACCGGCGGAUAAGACUCUGGUCAAGGCUGUUCAAGAUCUACUUGCCGAUGUAGAUCGUAUCUACAAUAAAGAUCAGCGCGACGUCGAUCGGUCCGCCCAAGAUAUGGAUCAACUCGGACAAAGAAUUGUACUCGAUGAAAUUACGGGAGAAGUUAUCGACGGGGAAACGUAUUAUGGCUGGUCUCGUGCUUUUUGUGAGAAGAUGAAGCAGCGUCGCAAGAAGGCUACCGACCGUAGGAAUGACAGUCGCGGGCGUGGCUUGUCACGUUCUAGAUCACGUUCUCGUAGCACUUCGCGCAGCUUGUCACAGCCUGCAUUUAAGCGACGGCGAGUGUCUGGCUCUCGAAGCCCGAGCCAGAGCAGAAGUCGAAGUCGAAGUCGCAGGCGAAACCACAGCGGAGAGCGACACAAACGAAGGUCAUAUAGUGGUUCAAAUUCACGUUCGCGCUCGAGAGAUCCCCGAUAUAAUCGCUCGCUCUCACCAUCACGAGGUAGGAGUCCGCCUCCGCCUCCCCGUCCGUAUGACGGCCCUCCAUUCGCCGGUUCAAACGGGAACCAUCACCCGAUGUUUCAGAAUCAACCACCGCACCCAAAUGCUCCGUAUCAACACCCCAACGUACCCCCUUUUCCCCAAUCCUUCCCUCCGAUGCCCCCAGAUUUUAAUCAAUUUAUUGUACCGCCGCCGCCGCCGCCUCCUCCUCACUACCAAGGCCAUCCUCCACAUCCUCCGCCGAUGCCCCCCGUCGGUAAUAUGCCGCCGAAUAUGCCACCGAAUUGGCUUCAGAGUAUGGCAAUGGCGGGGUGGCCAGCACAACCACCUCCACCACCGCCCCCGCCCCCGCAGCACCCACCACACCAAGGCGGCGGAAGCUACCAGCAAUACGGGAGAGGCGGAAGGGGUAAUUAUCGCGGCGCGGGCCAUCGUGGAGGCUGGGAACAUCGAGGACGUGGUGGUUGGUAGUGGCAAACAAAGCCCUUCUGUGUAUUUCUUACUCGGAACUUUACGCCCGAGGGGACGUGUACCACAAAGUUGAUGCAACAUGUGAGAGUAGGAUAUGUGCUAGUAGAAAAAAAAAUAUUGAUAUCCUUUCCCUACAUGCUACAUACAGUUCGUG